UUGAGCUUUUGGUUGAGUUGGUUCCUUGACAUGGUAUCAGAGCCAAAACUCUAGGAAUUUCCGCACGAUCGCCCGGCAUCGCGUCCAUCGAUCGUCGCUCGUUAUUGCAGCCGAGAAGACCGGAACGGUCGACCGUCUGUUCCGAACGGUCGAAGACAUCGACCGUCCCGACGGAAGAAUUCUCAACUGCUGCUGUUUUUGAUCCAAUUCUUGAAUUUUCUCAUCUGGAGAAACUCGCGCAGAUGCGUGAAAGGGAACGCUCCCAUCAAUUUUUGAUGGGUCUGAAUGAUGCUUUGUAUGGGACUUUGCGGUCAAAUUUGCUGGCCCAGGAAAUCAUACCACCAGUAUCAAGAAUAUAUAACAUUCUUGUCCAAAAUGAAACGGCACGGCAUGGCGUGCACAAAGGAGAAAGCAGUGAAGCAGGAGCAUCCGUGUUUGCCGUAAAGAACAAGAUCGAGGUCAAAGAGCUGGUGUGCUCACAUUGUGGGAAAACAGGACAUGAUGUUGAGGCGUGUUACAGGCUGAUUGGGUACCCCGAAGGGUGGGUAUUCCGCGAUCAGUCCAGGAGAGGAAGAGGAAACAGACGAGGAAGAGGCGGCCGCGGAACUGCACGAGGCGGAGGACGGUCGACCGUGGCUGCUGGACGGUCGACCGUCACGGGUGGACGAGGCGAAGCCCAUGCUGUCCAAGGAGAAGAAAAGGCGCCAUCUCCGCUUCCGAACUUUGAGGAUCUGACGCCUGAAAAGUGGAACGCUUUUCGUCAUGCCCUAUCACUAUCUCCUACAGACAACUCACCUAAACUCUCAGGUGAACAGUUAGAUGCAGAAGGUUCGAGCAGCUCCAUUUCUGUUGAUCACUUUGAUGAUGAAGAUCCGGAGGAAGAACAGAUGAACCGUCCUUUGGGGAACCGUCGACCGGAAGAAGGAGAUAAUGCAGAUGAGCUACAGGCGGUCGAACGGAUGGACCGUUUUGGUGUCCACGGUCGACCGUCCUCUGGGCAGAAAGAUGGAUCCCAGGGAGAUCAGCCAACGGUCGAUGCGAUGGACCGGUCCCAUACGCACGGUCGACCGUCCGAAGGGCAGAAAGACGGACUCCAGGGGAAUGAUGGAACGGUCGACCACGACGCAGAGAACGGUCGACCGUCUUCAAGGCAGAACGGAGGGACUCAGGACCCGUCACAGACGGUCGACCCCGUGGACCGUUCCACGGAUGGCGGUCGACCGUCCACAUUCCAGCAAGAACCCGAGCACUUGGGGCGUGGUCAAAGGGAACGGCGCCCAAAUAAGAGCUUCAGAGAAGAAGAAGAAGAAGAGAGAUUUCUUCAUUGCCACAAGAAAAUGGAAUGUUACGAAAGAAUUGAAAAGCCCAAUACUUGCACUGGCCACCUCCAGUUGUCUCCGAGGAAGCUUAGGAGUAUGCUUCUGAGGACACAGAAAAGGAAGAAACCUCAGGCUGGAGAACUCCAGGAGGAAGAAGAAGAAGAAGAAGACCCAGAGCUUGGUAUCUCUUUAAGAUCCGAAUCUGAGAUCCAUGAUUCUGGUGGUUCAGAGAUUUGCAAAGAUGUUGCUGUUGUAAGUGUCCUACAUGAGUGUUCUACAGAGUGGGGAUUUGGUUCAUCAAUGGUUAAAGACAACAGAUCGAAGGAGCAACCACGCUCCACUUCCAUGUUUAAGUCUCAAGAUAUGAAUUUUGAGUUUCAGAAAGCAGCGGAUAGAGCACAAAGGGUCCCACCAGUUGCACCUUUCUCAAAACCUGCGCCAUCAAAAUGGGACGAUGCUCAGAAGUGGAUUGCAAGCCCGACAUCUAACCGACUAAAGACUCAAUGUGGGUUGGGACCACGAAAGCCCACCAAACAGGCCUCUGAUGUUUCUGAUAGACGAAUGGUCAUCUCUGAGGAGCCCGUGGAUACGAAGUGCAUCGAUUCGAACCAGUUCAAGGAUAAUGGAGUGCAGAAGUAUGUGAGCUGGGAGUCCGAUUCACACCCGGUUGCUGAAUCGUAUGGGAAGGAGACACUCAUGAUCGAAAACUGUACCAGAGAAUCAGCAAUCAAUUUGAGCAGGCAUGACUCGUGUGUUUCCAUCCAUAGCGAAACGGCAUUUGUCCCACUGCCUUCAACAGCAAGGUCAGUGUCAAUGAGAGAUAUGGGCACCGAAAUGACACCAAUCGCAAGCCAAGAGCCUUCCAGGACUGGGACUCCAGUGAGAGCAACAACACCAACUCGCAGUCCAUCUUCCUCUCAUCCAUCCACUCCUCCAUGCUCUUCUCUUCUCUCCCAUUCAAACGAUCCCCAGGCGUUUGAAAAGGAAUUGCAGAUGAAGACCAGAAAAGAGAUAAUGGCCCUAGGAACUCAACUUGGGAAGAUGAACAUUGCAGCUUGGGCUAGCAAUGAGGAAGAUGGCCAUAAAAAUGAGACCAAUGUGACAGUAAAUGGCGCUGCAACUGAACAGCCCGAUGGUGUCAUCAUGGCACGCGCCGCAGCUUGGGAGGAGGCAGAGAAUGCAAAACACUUGGCCAGGUUUAAGCGAGAAGAAAUGAAGAUACAAGCAUGGGAGAAUCACCAGAUAGCCAAGGCGGAGGCAGAGAUGAGGAAAACUGAGAUGGAGGUGGAAAGGAUGAAGACAAGAGGCCAAGAUGAACUAAUGAAAAAGCUAUCUUCAGUAAGGAGCAAAGCCGAAGCAAAGAGAUGCGCAGCUGAGGCUAAGAUGAGACAACAUGCUUCAAACGCUGAGAAACAGGCCGAAUAUAUACGGCAAACUGGACGCGUGCCCUCUUCUUCUUCUUCUUCUUCCUCAUGUUGCUGCUUCCAUUGGCGAUUUUUCUAAAGCGCGCGCUGCUAUUUACACUAUCUGCACAUGCAUUAUAAUGUGGCCGGAACAAAAAAGAGGCCAUGUUUAUGGGUAUUGCACGGUACGUUUAGGGGGACAUGCAUUGAUUUUUUUGUUGUUCAGAGGGACAAAAAGUUUAUCACUUUCAUUGUACAUCUUUUGGUUCAGUAAUAAUAAUAAUAAUAAUGGCUGCAGUUUUUU